CCUUCAAGUUCCGCCUCUAUUUCCUUUAAUCGGUUAUUACUUCCCUAAUUCCUCUCUGAGGUGCUGCUCGCUCUAUUAUCUCUGUUACUUUUUGCCUCCAUCUCUGGACUAAUUUCUUGGGGAUCGUGGGCUCUAGAAGAUGUGUCGAUUCCGCCUCUAGAUUCCUUUGGUUUUGCUCCUCUAAUUUUUCCGCAGCGGUUUAUGGGAGUUUGUCCCUCCUUUUGGUUUUCCAGGGUAUACGAGCUGAUCUACACUUUCUAGUGCUAAAAACUUGGUGCUAUCUUUGACAGUUAAGUCAUCAAGAACCUACCUUAGUCAAGUCAGCAACUUGAAAGAUUAGUAAAAGAUCACAGCUACCUGUUACAAGGCAUGAUGCUGAAUUUUCAUUGUUCAAUUGGAUCCAUGUAAUCUCGAAGAUAUCAGGUAUUCAGGAAACAAGUGCUGGUGCUGGUCUUUCAGUAAAAUGGCACUUACCUUAUAAUUGAGUAUAAUGAAGAGACUGAUCCAGAAAUGAAGACCAGUAUCGAUCGUUAAGUUGUGGAUGUACAAAAAGCUAUAUUGCACUUAUGGGACAGAGAAACACAUUAUGUACUCAUCAAAUGCUUGAUCUGGAAGCAGAGCCAGGCUAUAGUCGACUUCAUCCUGAUCACUGCAUUCUUCAAGGCAACAUUCAUGACUACCCUGGCCAAAAUAUACCAUCUGGCACUGUCCGCUUCAGGAAAUGCAGCAGAUCUUAUAUUGGUUCUGCCAAUCAGCUGCCACAUUUCAUCGAUCGCCAGACUAUUGGAAUUCGUGGGGAUGAGUAUGGUAGAAGUAGAUCUGUCAGUUUUGGGGCUGUUGAGAUGGCAAAUAUGAGCGACCAAGGAUGGCAGGAAAUCUCAUCCAGUUUGCACCCUGCAUCUUUGCCUUAUUUUCAGCAACAUCCACAGCCUGUUCAAAACAUGCAAAUUCAGAGUCAUAGCCAUCAUACUAGAAUACUGGCUCCUCCUUACCAGCAUCUGCUUAGUAACAUGCACCCCAACAAUCCAAAUCCUUCUAAUAACAGUCUCCUAUCAGGUUCCAGAUUCCUAUUCUUCCCAUCCAAUGCUGAACAGCGGCCGGGGAUACCCAACACACGGUCAUUUCUACCCCGCAUCAAACAUUCUCCCUGGCGAGGUGGGGGCCUAGUGGGGGGCUGCUACGCGGGGGAUCCGGAUUUUGUGGAACCCCAUGGGCUGUUUGGAGAAAGCAACAUUGUUGAUGAGCAUCAUGAUAUGCGACUGGACAUAGAUGGCAUGUCUUAUGAGGAACUUCUAGCCUUGGAAGAGCAGAUUGGAGAUGUCAACACCGGAUUAACAGAAGAAUUCAUCUUAAAGAAUCUAAAGACAAUCAUUCAUGGUCCACAAAUGUCCUCACUGCCAAAUCAAACGCACAAAUUUGCUCCAGAGAAUGAAGCUUGCAUCAUAUGCCAGGUGGAGUAUGAUGAAAAAGAGAGGAUAGGAAUACUGGACUGUGGUCACAGCUAUCAUGCUGGCUGCAUAAGGCAAUGGUUGUCGGUAAAGAACUUGUGCCCCAUUUGCAAAGCAUCAGCUUUGACCAGGGAUAGAAAAGAUGGAUGAGGAGGUUUGGAGCAGUCACGUUAAUCUAUAUGCUUGACAAACUCAUCUAUUUUAAAUUUUUAAUUAGGCAUGGUGGAUAAUUCUGCUACUCACACCAUUUAAUGGCCCUCUUAGUUGAGCGGGUGAACUUUGCUCAUCGUAACUGUAUAAAAGCAAAAUGAUGUAUUAUUUUGUCAAUUACAGAAUGAUAUUUUCUAUA